AUGGCGACAGGCACGGCUUCCGAGAUCCCGCGGCAGGCGACCCGCGAGGAGAUGCGUGAUGCCAAACUCCCCAUGGCGUACCGCGACAGCUGCGGCCACCUCUUGAUCCCCCUCAACCGCUGUCGUCAGGACACAUACUACCUUCCCUGGAAGUGCAACGACGAGAGACACAGCUACGAAAAGUGCCAGUACGUCGAGUUCAAGAAGCGGGUGGCCAAGAUGGACGAGCUCAGAGAGGCCAAGGGAGGUGCGCGGAGUAACUAG